AUGGAGCGAGUAGCCAAUCCAGAACAGCAGGAAGGGGAGCUAGACCCAAAUGAUGCAUGGCUUAUGCGUGCUGCUGGAGGAGAAGAGGAAGCCGAUGAAGGUGGACCUCGCAUGGAUCCAGCUGUUGCUGACCGGGAUGAUGACCAGCUUUCAUUUGAGGCAAAUUCUCUCGUGACACUCGAUGUCUUGAAAGCGGUAAGUUAUCAGCUUAAUUUUGUUCAGGACUCCGAACGUUUUGAAGAAGAUUCACUGUGCUCAUGGAUGUCGGAUGCGGAAUCCUUGAAUCAAAAUUGGCGUGGGUGGAGUACGGCGAGGAAUUCAACAACACACAAUGGAAUAGAACAUGCAUUCGGCGAUGGGUCGGCUCCGCUGCUUUUAAAUUCGUUGUUUCGAUACAGUGGUAGUAUCGCAUCAUCGGCGCAGUACCAUCGGCAUCUGGUGCCUACGUCGUCAGCGCUGACAGCGGACGUCAGUCCUACAGUCGCAACGGCAAAUUGCUCGACGAUAAGCAAAAUUGCCAAGGUUCACAGUCUUGCCGAGGUUGCGGCUCGUGUUGCUGCCAGAUGUUUCUCAUUCGUGAUGCUGGAAGCCUCUUAUCAUGCGAUCACUGCGGAAAAAAGACGGAUGAGCAUUCAGCAGAGUGCUGGAGACGAGAAGGCCAUUUUGCUCGAAAAUGCAUUCGUGGAGCACGCUGCAAUUCCGGACAAGUUCUUCCUGAGCAUAGUGCGCUGGUGUUUUCCCGAAAGUGAAGAGGAUGUUCGCCUGUACAGCUGCUUGGCGAAUGGGAACGCGGAUGAGUUUGAAAAAGGCGAGUAUCUGUAUCAAGCCAACGCUGUCCGUGAUGUUUUUCAGAUAGGCUAUCAUAUUUCUGCCGUGGUUAGCGCCGCAAGUGUUCCUCCUCUGGUCACUUCUACGAAUCCUUCGGCUCCGCUGUGUCGCUCAAAGAUGACAUACAACGUAUCCGUCCGAGUGGACAGGUGUCGCAUAGUGUCGUGCAGUUGUUCGUGCGCUUUUAAGGCAUCUUGGUGCCAGCAUGUAGUCGCCGUUUGUUUGUACAGAAUAAAGAGAGACAGUGAGGUCGAGUAUCGCGUCACUAUUUGGGACUCCAUAAAUGAACUCUCGAAUGAAAAACUGAAGAAGUUGGCACAGUUCCUCAUCAAUGAUCUUCCUCGACAGUAUUUGCCUCUGGCGCAGCGUUUGAUUGACCAGUUGCGGAACCCCAAUUCGGAGAUAAACGCAGCGAUUGGCGCUCCCGAUCCAACGGACGGUGGUCACGACGACGUUGCUAUUUGGUGCUUGGACCAGCGUACGCUGCACGAAAAUAUUCGCCGUAUUCUGAUCAAGUUUUGUCUGCCUUCGCCUACCGUGCACUGCGACGUACAGUAUUUAUCAUCAAAUCAACCGCCAGCAGCAAAUGAAUGGCUGUCUCUUUUCAGACCUCAUCGAGCUAAGGAACCAGAAGGCUUAUGGAAUCUGUUUUCAAUUGUGCGCGAAAUGUUCAGGCGUCGUGAUGAAAAUGCAACAAACCUUCUGCAUAUCAUCACCGAAGAAUGUCUGGCUUCCUCGCAGGUUUUGAUCUGGUGGUACCAGAGUGCUUUAUCACAGUCAGGGCAGUGGACUUUAUGUCCGCCUCCUACGAGCAAGUCAAGCUCUUUGAUGUCAAAUCAGAAAACACCUCAGUUCACAUGUGCAUCGUUAUGCGACGAGAUAACACAGUUAUGGAGAAUUGCCGCACUGAAUCCACGUUUAUCCGAUUAUGAAAGGGAGCAGGUUGGUGUUAUAUUCAUUAAACGCAGCUGA